UGUGUUUGAUCUUAUCCAUUGCGAUCUUUGGGGUCCCUCCCCCGUCAAAUCAAAUUUAGGAUUUGUCUACUGUGUUCUUUUUAUUGACGACUAUUUUCAAUUCACAUGGCUCUAUCCUUUGAAAUUGAAAUAUGAUUUUCAUAAAAUUUUUAUUCAAUUUCAAAAUUUUGUGGAAAAUCAAUAUUCUGCUCGUAUCAAAAUUUUUCAAAGUGAUGGCGGUUUCGAAUUCACUAGUAAUUUCUUUCAAGAUCAUCUUCACUCUUCAGGCAUUCAUCAUCAGCUCUCAUGUCCAUAUACACCCGCCCAGAAUGGUCGUGCCGAAAGAAAACAUCGUCAUGUGACUGAGACAAGCCUCGCCCUUCUUUUUCAUUCUCACAUCUCCCAUCGUUUCUGGGUUGACGCCUUCAGCACUGCAGCCUACAUCAUCAACCAUUUGCCUACACCGCUUCUUGACGGUAAGUCACCUUUUGAGAUUUUGUAUGGUCAUUCUCCCAAUUAUGAAAACUUUCACCCUUUUUGUUGUCGUCUAUUCUUGCUUACGUGAUUAUAUGCCUAACAAACUUUCUCCUCGCAGCAUUCCUUGUAUUUUUUUUUGUUACAAUUCUUCUUAUAAAGGAUUUCGCUGCAUAGAUCCCAUCACUUCUAGGCUUUACAUCACUCGCCAUGCUCAAUUUGAUGAAACUCAUUUUCCCUCCCCUGCCACCUCUCAGGCCCAACCUCUAUCCUCCUUUACUUUUUCAAAUUUCCUUGAACCCGGCCUCCUCCAUGCCGAUCCGCCCCUCUCUGACACCUCUUCCCCACAUAUUACUCAAUCUGGGUCUAAUCCGUGUAUUAUGUGUACUGAUUCAGUAAAUGAGUCCUUGCAGGUCCCUAAUUCUCUUGCAGGUCCCUCUUUGCAACACUUGGCUCCUCCACCUGAGUCCAGUGUCGUUCCUGCUCCUACUGCCGUGGAUCUGUUGGGUUCUCAUCCUAUGAUCACAUGAGCUAAAGCUGGUAUUUUCAAGACUCGUCACCCAGGACAUCUUAGCCUCUUGGGCUCCUCUGGUCUUCUUCCUGCUCUUCUUGCAUCAACUGACCCUAAAAGUUUCAAAUCUGCUGCUAAGAAUCCUGCUUGGCUUGCUGCCAUGGAUGAAGAAAUCCAUGCCCUUAAGAGUAAUAGUACCUGGAUUUUGGUCCCUCGACCUGUCAACACCAACAUUGUGGGCUCCAAAUGGGUUUUCCGGACCAAGUACUUGCCUAAUGGAUCUGUUGAACGUCUCAAAGCACGCCUUGUUGCCAAAGGCUAUACAUAGGUACCUGGUCUUGACUACACUAAUACUUUCAGUCCUGUAAUCAAGGCCACCACUGUUCGCGUUGUGCUCUCUCUUGUUGUAACACAGAAAUGACCCCUUCGUCAACUUGACGUCAAAAAUGUGUUUCUCAAUGGUACUCUCACUGAUCAAGUUUAUAUGGAGCAGCCUCCAGGGUAUAUUGAUCCUUGCUUCCCUGAUCAUGUCUGCCAGUUGAAGAAAGCUCUCUAUGGUCUCAAGCAAGCACCUCGUGCCUGGUUCCAGCGCCUUAGCUCCUUUCUCACUCACCUUGGUUUUUCUUGCAGUCGUGCUGACCCCUCUCUUUUUAUCUUUCAUAAGCAAUCCGAUAUUAUUUACCUGCUUCUUUAUGUUAAUGACAUCAUUAUUACGGGCAAUAAUUCCUCCCUUCUUGACAGCUUCACUUGUAAACUCAAUUCUGAGUUUGCCACUAAGGACUUGGGCUCCCUCAGUUACUUCCUUGGUCUAGAAGCUUCCUCCACUUCUGAUGGUCUCUGCAUCAGUCAGCUCAAAUAUGCCCGGGAUAUCCUUUCUCGAGCUCAGUUACUUGACAGUAAGCUUGUUCACACUCCCAUGGUUGUUUCUCAGCAUCUAUCCGUCGAUGGUCCUCUGUUUUCCGAUCUCACUCUCUACAGAUCUCUUGUUGGCGCCCUCCAGUAUCUGACCAUCACACGUCCUGAUAUUGCUUAUGCUGUCAACUCUGUCAGUCAAUAUCUGCAUGCUCCAACUGAAGAUCACUUCCUGGCUGUUAAACGUGUCCUCCGCUAUGUCAAAGGCACCCUUCAUUUUGGCUUAACUUUUCACCCCUCCUCCUCUCCUGGUGCUUUCGUUGCUUAUUCUGAUGCUGAUUGGGCUGGCUGCCUCGACACUCGUCGCUUGACCUCUGGUUACUCUAUUUAUCUCGGCAACAACUUUGUUUCCUGGAGUGCUAAGAAACAGCCAACUGUCUCUCGUUCUAGUUGUGAAUUUGAGUAUUGUGCCCUUGCCUCUACUGCUGCCGAACUCGUUUGGCUCACACAUCUUCUUCGUAACCUCCAGGUAUCCAUCCCACAACAGCCUCUUCUCUUAUGUGACAACAAGAGUGCCCUCUUUUUGAGCUCCAAUCCGGUUUCACACAAGCGGGCUAAGCAUGUUGAGUUGGACUAUCAUUUUCUCCAUGAACUUGUUGUCGCUGGGAAGCUCCGUACCCAACAUGUCCCCUCUCAUUUGCAGGUUGCUGAUAUUUUCACCAAGAGCAUUCCUCGACCACUCUUUGAGUUCUUUCGAUCCAAUCCGACGCUCAGCUUGCGGGGGGGUGUUGAGGAUAUUGUUGAGGAUAUCACUCCUUAAUCAAAGUCUUUCCAUAUAUGUGAGAGUUGAUUGUCGUGAUUGUGGGAGUCUUAUUUAUACAUUGUUUCCUUUUAUUGUAAAUUUAUUCAUUCGUAUUAACUAUGUACAUUCUACAAACAAUUAUAUAAAGCAAUGCAA